AUGUCAAUUGUUAAGGGCACUUCAACUCUUGAACCCUCAGAGGCUCAGAGUGAACACGAGCUGCAGAUACUUGCUAUCAACUUUCUUUCACUCAAGUUCAAAUUGUGUUACAAUCGUCAGAGUGUCCGACCACUAUAUUCCUCGACACUUCAAUCGAUGAAGAAGUCGACGCUUCGCGAUUUUGUUGCCAAUAUUCGGGAUGACAUCUACUCGGACAUGAAAGCUCGCCCACAAAACCGAGAAACUUCGAAUCAUGAACUUUCUCUUAACUUCAGCGAACUUUCUCAGGAACGGCGAUGUCCUCAAAACACUCGAUUCGAGAAGAUGUAUUUUGAGCAGCAAGCAAAGGGAAAUCACAAGGCUGAGGGGGUUCUUCGUGAACUGAAUCAGUCUCUCAACCUUCAGGUUGACGACUACUCGACCGACCUACCACUUCAGCUCAUCGCUGCCACUGGCAUUCAUCUAUCUCAACAUUGCCGAGUCCUUUACUUCGACAUGAACAGCUCGCUUCCCAGAGACUGCUGGCUGAUUUGGGACCGCCUUGAAAGACUCAAAGGUGCCCUGGAUGCCGAUACCUCUCCGCAAAGCCGGUGGUCAGACCUAUCGCCGCGUAUCGGUCAGCCUCCAUCCUGCCCCCCUCCAGGUUCGCCACUGGCACUUCCUCCUACCCCUCCUCAGUCACCUCCCCAACAACAAAUGAGCAAGUUCUUGAGCUCCAUGCAGAGAAUUGAAGAGAAAGUGCUCGAUAUUCACCUUGGCCAAACCAAGCAGCCUGCUGUCUUAGUGCAGAACGAUAUAGGCUAUGGUGGCAUUAUCCUUUCGCUAGCUUGUCUCCGACGGCUUCUUCUUCCGGAUGAAACCAUUACAACUCUGAUUGAAGAGAGCAAGCAAGAAUCCAUGCUCAUGUUCAUCCUGAGGCAAAUCCACAAUCUUCGCCAAUUGCUUGGGCUUCCACCCAUGGGAGUGGAUAGCAGCGUCAUGAACCUGCAGGAUUAUACCAUCGAGAUCUACAAUCGCUACUGCGAGAUCCAUGGCGAUAUUAUCCCUAUCAUGUGUCUACCCGAGAGAGAAGACAGUUUGCCUUUUAUCCUAGCAUGCUUAGAUCAACGGACUCCCGCCAGCUUAGGGCUAGCCAAUCGGUGGAAAGUCAUGAGCACGGAGCUAGCUAUUAUUUUUGGCUUCUUUCUCGGCUGUGAAAAACGCUAUGCCUUUCCACUUCAUGCUCAGAAGAAUAUUCUUCUCAUCGGGACCGGAAUCGCCCGUGGGAUGUAUCAACGCCCUAGUCCUGCAAAUGCACCGACAUACCAAGCUUCAACAAUGCAGCACCCUACUCAACAAUCCCUUGAAUCCGACACGGGCUCAUGUGUGGACAUGGAAGACCACUAUCAGCAAUCUUGGGAUGCCCAAAGCGAGCUAGAGAGUGAUGUCAAUGCGGACGCUCAAAGUCCAUCUUCAACUCUGUUGCCCGUGAAGCUCUCAUCUCCUGGUCUUAGAUCCUACUCACAACACUAA